GUGAGUACAUUGAAAAGUGUGAAUCAUAUGAUUGCAAUAGUUGAUGAUAGGUGUCAUAUGUUGUACCACAACAUACCAGUGCAGGUGAUAUGCUAGUGAUGUAAGUGAGUCUGUCAGUGACUCGCACUCACUCUCAAUGUCUGUAUGAGUGGUGUGUAUAUGUCUUUGACUGAGUGGAUCCCACUAUUAACUAGUGAGCCAUCGUUGAGUUGUUUGGACACAGCAUUUCUAGAGAUGGCAUGUCAUCAAUAGUCUAACACAUCCCAAGACACCGACACACCACACACACACACACACACCGACACCACAAUGGCUACAAUGAAUGAUCAACACAAUGACCAGUCAGUCAAAGCUGGUGCAGUCGAUGCACCCGCCGUUACACUUACCAUAAGACUCAUUAUGCAGGGAAAGGAAGUGGGAUCUAUUAUUGGCAAAAAAGGAGAUAAUAUAAAGAAGUUUCGCGAAGAGAGCGGUGCCAAAAUAAACAUUUCUGACGGGUCGUGUCCAGAGCGCAUUGUCACUGUCACCGGUUCCACUGAGGCUAUUCUUAAAGCCUUUUCACUGAUUGCCAGAAAAUUUGAAGAAGAUGUCCAGACCAGUGGUGGUCCCGGAGCGCCAAUAGCAAACAAACCACACGUCACAUUAAGGCUCAUAGUGCCGGCCAGUCAGUGCGGGUCCCUUAUCGGUAAAGGCGGCGCCAAAAUCAAAGAAAUUAGAGAAAUAACUGGUGCCACAAUACAGGUGGCCUCCGAAAUGCUGCCCAACUCUACUGAGAGAGCCGUCACUGUUUCAGGCAGUUCUGAAUCAAUAACAAAAUGCAUUUAUCAGAUUUGCUGUGUUAUGAUGGAGUCUCCACCGAAAGGCGCAACCAUACCAUACCGUCCUAAGCCGGCAAUGCCUCCCGUGAUAUUUGCCGGCGGACAGGCAUACACUAUACAGGGACAAUACGCAAUCCCGCACCCGGAUGGUUUAUGUGAUCAACAGUGUCACGGCUUAGUCGAGUUUCCCGCAUCGGGGCUGCAGAUCGGAAACACUGCUUUUCUCACGAAGUUGCAUAGACUGGCUCUACAGCAUGCCCCUCUCCUCCCCGGGCACAACGUUGGGACCCUCAAUCCUCAAGCCCUGGCAACUUUGGCAGCAGCCAAUAGUUUGGGCCAACCCGGCGCAGCCACUGCUACCCUGGCCACUACAGCCGCAGCCACCACCGAGAUGAGUAUCCCCAAUGAUCUUAUCGGGUGUAUCAUAGGGAAGGGUGGUGCCAAAAUUAAUGAAAUUAGACAACUUUCGGGCGCAACCAUCAAAAUCUCCAAUUCAGAAGAAGGAUCAAAGGAUAGAUCGGUCGCCAUUUCAGGAACACCUGAGUCUAUAAAUUUGGCGCAAUAUCUAAUCAAUACCAGCAUGGAGUUACACAAGAACCUGACCCUCGACCCAUCCUUGUCAGCCGCAAAUCCAAACAGUGCGAUGACCCGCCUGACCACAACCUCGACCCCAAUGGCAAUUCCUUUGACUCAAUUGGCUGCUGCAGUCCCCGCAACCACCCUCUCGGGCGCCCUUUUCACAGCUCACGACCUCAACAACGUCUUCAACGCUAGAAAUAUAAAGUCGUUGACAACUAAAAUACGUGGCGGAGCUCCGACACAUACUACGACCACCGGUAUUGUCGAAAACGGAAACAAGAAUAAGACUGACCGCAAAUUCACACCAUAUUAGUGUCCGACCAGAUAUUCAUUCAAAUACUAGUGUAUAUUAAUUACAAAGUCAUUAUUAGUGGCAAUUAUUACCAAUUUUUCAUAUAAUUACAUCCAAUAUAUUAUGGGACCCGAUUCUUAGGAAUCAAUUUAAUUACUAUUAACGUAAAUUUUAUCAAAUAUUUAUCAAAUAUUAUUAUAAUAUAAUAUUUAUA